GUGGUUUUCGGCAUUUGCGCUACAGUAGUCGGAAUAGGUAUGGUUUGUAAAACGUUUUUCUACGAUAUGUUUAUAAGGGGCCAAAAUGGACUUCAAAAGACCUUUGGCUGGGGUAACCUCAAUGUCGAUGGUUCCUUUGCCUAGCAAGAAACCUCGAAAAGAUGGUUCAAGCUUGGGAAUCACCCCAUUUAGCAAUGGGAUGUACAAGUUAAAUUCGCAGAUCAUACCAGCAGGACAAGCGGGAAGCAUUCCCCGUACAUCAAAUUUACUGUCACCUAAUAUGCUUUUAAAUGGUCAUGAAAGUGAGGUGUAUUGUGGCAAAUUUUCUUCUGAUGGAUCGUUUCUCGCAAGCGCUGGAUUUGAUCGCCGAAUUCUAUUAUGGGAAACGUAUGGUGAAUGCGAAAAUAUUGCGACGAUGAUGGGUCAUGGGGGUGCUAUUUUGGAUUUAGUGCUUUCUUCAGAUGAUUCGGUUAUAUAUACUGCCAGUUCAGAUAAAUCUAUCGCCUUAUGGGAUACUGAAAGUGCACAACGUAUUAAAAAAUUCAGAGGUCAUGAAAACAUUGUUAAUUCAUGUGCAGUUGCCAGACGUGGUCCUCAACAUGUGUGUUCCGGUUCGGACGAUGGGACGAUUCGUCUGUGGGAUCGGCGACAAAAAGCCUGUGUACAAACAUUCCAAAACACAUAUCAGGUUCUUUCAGUUACUUUUAGUGAUACUGCUGAAAUGAUAUUUUCUGGGGGCAUAGACAAUGUUGUGAAAGGUUGGGAUUUACGAAAAUUGGAAGCUAGCAUGCUACUUAAUGGACAUACGGACACAGUUACUGGUUUGUCAGUAAGUCCAGAUGGGUCGUUUUUACUUUCUAACUCCAUGGACAACACAUUACGUAUGUGGGAUAUUCGUCCAUUUGCUCCAGCAGAUCGGUGCACAAAGGUUAGUUUUAAAAUCGCGAUAAUGACAGUUAUACUAUCAAUCGUCCAUGAUUAUAUGAUGAAAGAUAUUUUACUGAAAAUUAGUUGUAGCUUAAUAUGUUCAGCUGAUUAUCUGGCUACGAUGAGCGGUUUUCAUAUCUAAUUAGACUUCAUAUUUGUGGCAUUUAACCGUGUAUAUUAUCAGUGUAAUGAAUAGUUAGAGUAUCCAGUAGAGGAAUAUUAAAUCACAUGUAUCUUUAAAAAACACUCAGGUGAUGAAUUUUUAUUUUAACUAUGUAUUUAUGAUUUCCAACUUUACUCCAUUUUGUCAUAUGUGGCGGAAUACCGUCGUGUCAUGUCAAUUUUUUAAGGUUAAAAGUCUCACUCGAUACAACACAUGAUGUAAUAAUACAAUCCUAUUAAUUAAACGCAGCUUAGUAGUUUCAAUUCACAUUUACUGUUUGACGGCUAAAGUUAUUAUCCAGGUAAUCGGAACAAAUCAGGUGGAACAGAGUUUAUUUCUUAUAAACCACGUCUAUAAAAGUCUAGUGUGCAGGUCAGUUAGCUACAGGUCUUACCUCAUUAGUGGUCAAUAGUACCAUGGAGAGUUAAAUUUAUAUUUACCAGAAAUUUUUAUAGUUUUCAUCUAGUUCUCAUCUGGUUCUCAUUACAUACAUGGUUUUUAGACAUUAGCGUACUGUUUGUUCCGGCUAUCAUAUUUUUACAUUAUUGUUCGCACGAUCAUUAUGUACGUAAAUACUUCAUCUUUAGAGCUUCAGUUCGAUAGUUUGGUUAUCAAAUAAUCAAUUGUGAUGUCAAAAGUCCCAGCUUUACUCAGCUCGUUUUAUUUUUGACUCUCAACUGACAAAAUUGAACUUCAUACAAGGAGUGUAACCUUCAGUAUAGGUUAACAGACCCUACUUGAUCUUAUGUUUUAUUGUUAUUAUCAUUUAAUAAUCAUUUACACAGCCGUGAAAUAAGUCGCAUAGUAAUGUGUUCCAUUUAACUCUCAUUUGCACGAGUGUCUGUAAAUUAAGUAAAAAAUUGACUAAAUGUAUUUAAGGAAAACAUACGUGUAUGUACAUGUGUAUAUAACUGAGCAUAUUUUUGUUGCUUCCUUCAGAUUUUUACGGGUCAUCAGCAUACAUUCGAGAAGAAUCUUCUUCGAUGUGCAUGGUCAAUUGAUAAUCGUCGUAUAACUAGUGGCAGUGGUGAUCGUUAUGUUCAUGUUUGGGAUGUAAACACACGACAGUUAGUGUAUAAACUUCCUGGUCACACAGCAUCUGUAAACGAGACUGCAUUUCAUCCAACAGAACCAGUACUUUUAUCUGUUGGUAGUGAUAAGAAAAUCUUUUUGGGUGAAAUCCUGCCUUGUAUGUAUUAAAACCAUACUUUUUUGAUGAAACACUCAUUUUUGUGUAUAAAACCAAGUAAAUAUAUGUAAUAUACUCCUUGUGUUAUUGUAUAAAUCAAUAUGAAUAUGACAGUCUUGUAUAAUUCUAUCCAAAAUUUAUCAGAAAUAAAAGCUAUUCCGAUUGCUUGUUGUUGC